AUAACAGAGAUUCAUAAUAACAAAUUACAGAGAUUCUGGAUUAUAGAUCUAUAAUCUUCGAAUAAUAAUUUAUAAACUAUGGAGGGUGAAUGUAGAAUUAGUACUGAAGAAGAGGUACAAAUUACCCCUAAUAAUCUGAUUUCUUUCAGAGCGAAUUUGCACGAAACAUUUGGAAUGAACUUAUUUAAAGAAUUCAUUAUUGAAGAUGGAGAGGACAAUAUAAAUAAGAAUGAAGAAAGUAACUUAAAUUCCACAGUUAUAGAAGUCGAUGCAAAUCAAUCAUCUGCUUCUUUCACCAAAGAAAUGCCUCAAAUAUCAGAUCCAUUGAUGAAUAUCUCUGAAACAACUGACUUGGAACUGUGUGAAUUGCGUAAAUGUCACUUCUCUAAUUAUAAUGCAGGUGAAGAGAAGUAUCUUGACGAGCAGUACGAUUAUACUGCCAUUCUUGAAGAUGACAAGAAAUGGGAUGUUAAAUCAGAAAUUGUGGACAUUUCUGAACAAUUCAGAGAUGAAGGAGUUUAUGAUGGAGAAGAAUGUAUUAUAAAAAAUGUAAAAAGAUGCAUAAAUCCCUUAGAUAUAGAAGUUGAUACAAAGCAAGCACCUGCCUCUUUUAACAAGGAAAUUAAUCAAGUGUUAGAUCUAGCAAGCAAAAUUAAGGAACACAAGUGUCAUCUAUGUGAGUUUGUUACUAGUAGAAAAGGAGAUCUUCACGAACAUUUCAAGCGUUUUCAUUUGGAUAUAAAGAAACAUAAAUGUCACCAUUGUGAAUAUCUCACGUAUUCAAAAGAUAUUCUUGAUGCUCACGUAAAAUCUGUUCAUUUUAAAAUCACUGAAUACAGUUGUCAAUGUUGUGAGUAUGUUACAAGUAAAAAAAAUUAUCUUAGAAAUCAUGUCAACCGUGUUCAUCUGAAACUCAAGAAACACCAAUGUCACUUAUGUGAAUAUGCUGCAAGCGCGAAAAAUAUAAUCGAACAACAUGUAAAAUCCGUCCAUUUGAAAAUCAGGGAACACAGGUGCCAGUUAUGCGAUUUUGCUGCCAGUGAAAAACAGAACCUUGUGAAACACGUAAAAUCUAUUCAUUUUAAAAUCAGGGAACACAGGUGUCACUUAUGCGAGUUUGCCGCGAGUACAAAUGAAAAACUCGAUGGGCACGUAAAAUCUGUUCAUUUGAAAAUCAAGGAUCACAAGUGUCACCUAUGCGAGUAUGUUACGAGUAGAAAAGUGUACCUUGAUAAGCACAUCGAAUCUGUUCAUUUAAAUAUCAAGAAAUACAAAUGUCACUUGUGUGAAUAUGCCGCCAGUGAGAAACGUAUGAUCCAGACUCAUGUGAAAGCUGUUCAUUUCAAAAUUAGGGAACACAGGUGUCACUUAUGUGAUUUUGCUGCUACUGAAAAACAAACACUUGUUGGACAUGUAAAAUCUGUUCAUUUGAAAAUUAAAGAUUAUAAGUGUCAUCUAUGCGAGUAUGUUACAAGUAGAAAAUAUUACCUGGGAAAUCAUGUCGACUCUGUUCAUUUGAAUAUCAAAAAACACAAAUGUCACUUCUGCGAUUUUGGUGCUAGUCGGAAAUCCAUCAUUACACGACAUGUAAAAUCUGUUCAUAUGAAAAUUAUAGAACACAGGUGUCAUCUAUGUGAGUAUGUUACAAAUAGAAAAGAUGCCCUUCAAUUGCAUGUCAAGAGGUGCAAAUCAAUCACCUGCGUGUAGAGAAAGAUACCUGGAUGUACACAUAAAAUCUUAGUCGAAAAGUGUGCAAAAUCAUGUAAAAUCUGUUCAUUCAAAUACAUAGCGAGUUACAAUUGAUUGUGUGUUAUGCUACAAAUAUAUCAUGUUUUUUUUAAGGCAAUUAUAAUCAUUUCAUUCAAA